AUGUCCUCUUCCAGGAGCAGCAAAAGGUCCAAGGGAAGAAAGGGGAAGAAAAGGGGCGACUAUACGGCGCAGGGUGGCAUUGUAGGUCAGGGCACAAUCGAGGAUCCAAUGAUUCAUUGGUACUACAACCCACCCCGAGAGGAGCGCCGCGAGGCAUUUCACGCCAUCAUCCGUGCAGCGGCAGUCGAGACUGGCUUGACAGUCUGGUGCAUCAGGAGCCUGAUUCAUGAAUCGACUACGGGGGGUGGUGAAAAGACCGACGACGAUCCGCACAUCACAGUUUUUGCCGACGAGCGUCCCGGAAAACCCCAGGACGAGAGAUUCGAUUACGAGGGCCAUGUCUACACUGCCGUCGACGACGAGGGGCUUCCAAAACGGCUCCUGCAUCCUCGAGAGUUUACCGAGGGCUUCAACGAGAUCUCGGCCCCUAUCCUGCUGUAG